AUGGCUCGCGGCAACGACGCGCCAUACCAUGACGGUCGCACGUUCCCCUUUAUCGAGGCGACGUGCGGCAAGUUGACUGACCAGGGCAAAAGCUGCGAUUACAUUGAUAUCCAGUUCGACGUUACCCUGGGUGGUGACUACUGCAACCAAGUUGCCGAGGGCGCUCGUAAUGGUGUCUCUCAGAUCACUGCCUUCCACGAGAAAUGUCCUUGCUCGCACAUUGUGGUCAAUGGUUACUCUGAGGGAGCUCAUGUUGCGGGCGACGUGCUUGGUGGACCGGCAAGCUUCUUGCCAUUUGGUGGAUGCACUUUCGUCUCGACCGGGUUGGAUAACAACUCUGCUGCUGGCAAAGCGGUUGCGGCAGCUCUUCUUUGGGGAGACGUGAUGCAUACCGCCAACCAGCCCUACAACGUGCUAGACGGUGCCGACAAGCAAGCCAACGGACGUAAGCCAGGGGAUCUCGCACGCCUCAACCGCUACGCGCCAGUACUCCGCUCUUACUGCGCUGCUGGCGACCCAGUCUGCGCCGGCGGUAACGUUGUGGUUAAUCACCUGAACUACUUCGAGCUCUACACCGACGACGCGUCUUCCUGGGUUGUUUCUAAGAUCGACAACGUCGCGCCUCUGCCAUCUUGUGCUGCGCCCAGCUCGUCGUCCACCCUCGUUCUCUCCUCUACUGUCGCUAUCUCUUCAGCUACUAGUGCUUCCGUCCCUCAGUCUUCCGCUGUCGCUCCUACCCCAUCUUCCAUGGUCACAGUCUCUGUUACACCUACCAUGGUUGAGUCUUCUGCGACCGAGACGCCUUGCUCGACUUCACCAGCAAUGGUGUCUCCAUUUCCCUCGCCUGUCCCUUACAGCCCCGACUCAUACGUCCUUGAAGUUCAUAUAGAGUAUGCAUACGUAUAG